AUGCUCCGCCGUUCGCUGCCGUGGUCUGCCGUCAUAGGGCCCGCAACUUCACAGAAUCUUGCGACCUGGAUCGGCCAGGGCAGCGGCAUGUACGCUCGCCCUCUGCUCGAGGAGUUCGCGCCUGCGCCGGGUCCAGGCGGCCGUGAGCCGGGCGUCGUUGCCGAGAUCCGUGCCUUUCUGCUGCGCGACAGCCUCGGCAUCGCCCUCGGCGCUUGGCAGCGCGCUGUCGAGGCAGCCUCCAAGACGGACGCGGGUGAUCCGGAGAAUGAGCUGGCGCUGGACAAGGCUGCCGCGUGCCUGCUUUCGGAGCUCCGGCUGCUCGAGUGGUCGCUGCACGACCUGGAGGACGCCGUGGCGAUCGCAUCGCAGACGGGCGACGGCGCCGGCGAGAUGGACGAAGAACGCGCUGCGAUCAUCAAGCAGUUCGUCGCGGCCGAGCAGGAGUGGGUCGACGCCCUCCGCAUCACGGCCGCGGCGCCGCGGAGUGCCGGCAGCCCAGCCCGCGAGACGGCCUUUGACGCCAAUGCAGUGUACGUCUCUCCGGACGCGCCGACGCACACCCCACUCGUGCCGCGUGCGGCCCCGGCCGAGCCCGCGAAGGCUGGCGCGGCGCUCGGGCUUGACACCGCCGGAGGCGGGCUCUUUGGUCUCCGGUGUCUGGCGCCGCUCGAGGAGAGCUUCCGCGGCGCGGCGCUGCGCUGCCUGGCCUUCAGCCAGUGAGUGUUACCAGCGGGCAAGGGUGCCGGAAACCAUGGGGGCCGGGGGGGCGGGGGGGCGGGUCAGCUCCUUUGCACCUCUGUGCGCGAACCUUUGGAGGUGUGUGUCCGUUGGGAGGCAAACUGUUCCCCCGUCAGUGUGUCCAGAGUGAGAGGGCGAGAGAGACGAGUGCGCGCCGCCCUUGAGAGAGAGUCGAGAGUUUCAGUUUGAGAGAGCAGAGGGAGACAGUCAUUUCUAGAUUCUAGGAAAGUCGUUUUUGAGA